AUAUUUGUGUUCCUAUGAGAGUCUUGCUUGGCGAGAAGAGAAGUUUGGUUGUUUGCCUGGUCGGCUGAGGAGGAGGAGGAGGAGAAGAAGAGUCUGGUUAAAAGUGGGGGGAAGAUGGUCCACAACGCCGCUUGGAGAAGGAGCUUCCUUUGCGUCCUGGCGCUCUAUCUCGGCUUUGCGUCCCCUGCCUGCAAAGCUCGGCUUUUCACGAACCACUGGGCAGUCAGGAUAGCCGGCGGACCCGAGGUGGCCGAUCGGAUAGCAGAAAAAUAUGGCUAUAGGAACAUGGGACAGAUCGGGGACCUCAAAGACCACUAUCACUUCUUCCACAGUCGGACUAUCAAGAGAUCAACUUUAUCAAGCCGUGGUCGCCAUAGUUUCAUCUCCAUGGAGCCCAAGGUGGAGUGGAUAGAACAGCAGGUGGUGAAGAGGAGGAUCAAGAGGGAUUACAAACCUGUCCCACCCUUUUCCCAGACGAGCCCCGCCCAGAACAGCGUGGCCCAGAACAACAUUUUCUACAAUGAUGCAAAGUGGAGCAGCAUGUGGUAUAUUCACUGCAGCGACGACGUCCACAACUGCCAGUCGGACAUGAACAUCAUGGGGGCGUGGAAGAGGGGCUACACGGGUAAAGACGUGGUGGUCACCAUUCUGGACGAUGGGAUUGAGCGGACCCACCCGGACCUUUCUCAGAACUACGAUCCUCAAGCAAGCUAUGACGUCAACAGCAAUGAUCUGGAUCCCAUGCCGCGAUACGAUGCAACCAAUGAGAACAAACAUGGUACACGCUGUGCAGGUGAAGUCGCUGCAGCUGCAAACAACUCUCACUGCAUUGUGGGUAUUGCCUACAAUGCCAGAAUAGGAGGUGUCCGAAUGCUGGACGGAGAUGUAACAGACAUGGUGGAGGCCAGGUCUCUGAGUCUCAACCCGCAGCAUAUUGAUAUUUACAGCGCCAGCUGGGGACCCGAUGACGAUGGGAAGACCGUGGACGGACCGGCGUCUCUGGCCAGGCAGGCCUUUGAGAACGGCAUCCGCAUGGGAAGGAAGGGCCGUGGCUCUAUAUUUGUUUGGGCUUCAGGAAACGGUGGGCGCAGCAGAGACCACUGCUCCUGCGAUGGCUACACCAACUCCAUCUACACCAUCUCCAUUUCCAGCACGGCCGAGAGUGGACGAAAGCCCUGGUACCUGGAGGAAUGCUCGUCCACCCUGACCACUACGUACAGCAGUGGCGAGAACUACGACCGAAAGAUCAUCACAACAGACCUGAGACACCGAUGCACAGACAGUCACACCGGGACAUCAGCCUCGGCUCCCAUGGCAGCUGCCAUCAUUGCUCUGGCCCUGGAAGCAAAUACUUUUCUAACAUGGAGAGAUGUUCAGCACAUCAUCGUGAAAACCUCAAGAGCUGGACAUCUUAGCGCUCCUGACUGGAAGACCAAUGCCGCUGGUUAUAACGUCAGCCACCUGUACGGCUUUGGCCUUAUGGAUGCUGAGGCGAUGGUGAAGGAGGCGGAGCAAUGGAAGCACGUCCCCGCCCAACAAGUCUGCGUGGAGACCGCCGACAGACAAAUCAGAACCAUCCGUCCGGAGCACUUGGUGCGCUCUGUGUACAAGGCGACUGGAUGUUCGGACAAUCCCAACCUCAAAGUGAUCUACCUGGAGCAUGUGGUUGUACGCAUAACAAUCACGCACCCUCGUCGUGGGGAUCUGUCGAUCAACCUGACCUCUCCGUCGGGGACCAAGUCGCAGCUGCUCGCCAACAGGUUGUUUGAUCACUCCAUGGAGGGCUUUAAGAAUUGGGAAUUCAUGACCACCCACUGCUGGGGAGAGAAGGCAGCAGGCGACUGGAUCCUGGAGAUCUACGACUCGCCCUCUCAACUCCGCAGCCAGAAAGUGCCUGGGAAGCUGAAGGAGUGGUCUCUGGUGUUGUAUGGCACCUCUGUCCAUCCGUACUCCACUCAGCAAAAGGAUCGCUUCACAGACUCAUUGCAGCCUGAGGAGGAGUUCACUGAGGAGUACAACGGUCCCUGUGAUGCUGAAUGCAAUGAGAAUGGCUGUGAGGGUCCCGGACCGCACCACUGCAUCAACUGCCUCCACUACUUCCUCAAGUUCAAGAACAACACCAGGAUGUGUGUCUCUGAGUGCCCCAGUGGAUUUUUCCGUGACGACAGGAAGCGCUGCAAGAAAUGCUCCUCCAUGUGCGAGACGUGUGUCGGCAGUCGGAGCGACCAGUGCAUCUCGUGCAGGACGGGUUACCACCUCAUCGAGGGCUCCAACACAUGCGCUGCCAAUUGUGCUGAUGGCUUCUACCUUGAUAGUGAUUCCAACAUUUGCAGAAGAUGUCAGGAGAACUGUAAGAGAUGUUCAGCCUCCAAUAUCUGCACUGAGUGUAAACCUGGGAUGAGUCUCCAAGGACAUAAAUGCCAGAUGACCUGUAACCCUGGAACCUAUUUCAACGGCCACAGGAGGACAUGCGAGCUUUGUCAUCGUGCCUGUGCCACCUGUGCAGGUACAGGUAUAGAAGCAUGUAGCAAGUGUGCAGAUGACUACUUACUGGAGGACUGGCGAUGCGUGUUAACAUGCAGCCCUGGCUACUACCUGUCAGAGCAGACCUCAGACAACGGCCAGGUGCAGCGGUUCUGUAAGAAAUGUGAUAAUAGCUGCUUCGAGUGCCUGGGACCCGGGGAACUGAACUGCAGCAGCUGCAACAGCGGCUACAACUUGGAGGCGGGAACCUGCGUGGUUAGCACAGUCUGCAAAGAUGCAAAUGAAGAAUCUUGGGCGGAAGGCGGUUUCUGCGUGCUCGUUAAAAAGAACAAUCUCUGCCAGAGGAGAGUGCUGCAGCAGCUGUGCUGCAGAACGUGCUCGCAAAAGGGGUGACGGGACGCCGCCACCGGGCGCGAGAGGGAGCACACGGAGGGGUGGGGGGGGCACGGGGGCCAACCCUCUCCUUCUUUAACUCCCCUCCUCCCUCUACCUGCCUGAGCAUUCACAGUCACAUAAUUUAUAAGAAAAUCUGUGCCUCUUUAAAGGACGCAUCGGAGGUGCGAUGACAGGACUACAACAAACCUACCUUUUUUCAGUACUGGGACAAACACAUGAUCAGGGUGUGAAACGACUGGGACUUACUUCAAGAAAAAUGAGCUAUUGAAAACAACAACAACAAGAAAAAAAAAGCAAACAAACAAAAGAAAAUAAAGGUGUUGGUAUUUUGUGACCAAAGCAUUGAUGCCAAAAUAAUUGAACCUUCUUUGUAUUUGUUGCCAGUGUACAGAGCAUAGUUAAAAACAGGAGCCUCUCAGCCUGCAGAUCUCUCAAUACGUCUGUGUGCAUUUUUUGUUUUGGCCCCUCUUUCUCAUCUCCUUCCAGUGCUAAUGACCAACAGAUGGAGAAAGUGAGCAUACAGUAGGAAAUGCCAUGGUUUUCUGCCUGUAAAUAUACGUCAAAGAAGGCGAGGAUUAAAAAAAAAAAACCCACGUAGCUCAUAAUGUGAAAAUAAUGCGUGUCUGGGCUGAUUCUGGCUGUUUGAGGGGACAAAUUCACACUUUAGUACGUACCACACGCAGUACACUGAUGCACAUUUAUAUAUACAUAUAUAAAUACAUAAAUGUCUAUAUUUAUAUAUGUAUAUCCACACCACACACAUGCACCUUUAAGCAGGAGCGCAGACACAUUUAUCAGCCACUACUUGAAGUUACAGACUUCGGCGUACGCCAAGACUGAUGCACAUUACUGAGCAGAACCAACUCUUUUCAUUUACUUCAAACAUCCAUCUGCCUCUCUGAGUAGUGUGUAUGUGGGUGUGUUUAUCUUUAUUGCGGUGUCCAGGAGAUUGCCAUUAAUUCUUGAUGUAAGCCCAGACGGCAUUGAUUCAUUCAAGAGUCGAUAGUCAUUCUUUCCAGAUCGUUCUGCAGGGAGGGGAGCUCCGCAGUAAGUUAUAAUGAAUUUGCGGUACUAGGGAUGUACCGAUGCCACGUUUUCACACGUGUGACGAAGAUUCAUGGCCCAAAAACCUGAGGACCGAGUUUAUCCACUGCAGUGACUUCACACUUCAAAGCUUCUUCCUUUACUUUGUUGGAUAAGAAAACUGCAAUAUCUGUCAGACUUGUUACUGGGGUCUGAAAUUCAUUGAAAUGUUGGUUACCUUUCUCCACAUGCCCUGUAUGACACAGCUUAAGGGAACUAUUGUCCAGUAAUGAUAUUGUAUCUGUAUCGGUGCAUCCCUAUAUGUUACUGUUCUCAAAUAAAAUAGAGUUUUAGAAGUUUCUGCUCUCUUUAUUCUGUUACAAUGACAAUGCACAUGAACUGAGGUUCUCUGACAAUUCUUACAUAAUAUAUUCAUUUAAUGCUGUUUGCAUCUGCAGAUAAAGCUCACUGAGAGGCAGUUGGACGGGAAACGGCCGUCUCACAUUUCUAUCCUUAUUUUUCUCAAUUUUAGACAAAAUGAGUUUUGUUAAGCUAAAGGUAUAGUCACACAUUUGAUUUUCUUUAUUUUUCUCUAAAGGGAAGCUGUCAGUAUCAGAACUCAAAACUGUGUCGAAAAUUCACAUAAUUAAAAGAAAAAAAGUUUCAGUGAUGAGCCCAAUAGACGUCCGAGCUGCGCUCCCCUCCUGUCCGUCUUUGAGCUUUACCUGAUGGAGCUCGUAAAUUAUUCCAGAAAUGCUGGCUUUUAACAUUGAAUAAGAAUAAAAUAAAAAAUAAGAAAAACCCCGCAAAUAAACCUAAAAGGGAAAAUAAAAACCUCUCUGAAUGGUACUUUUUGGUGGGUGUUGAUGCCUGCAGCCUGGAGCCUUUACAGUAUUAGAUGAGUUGUUGUACUGUGGACUGGUAAUGGUUGUUGGUGAUUUGUAAUAAAGAAAGUCCCCUGUUUGGGUUAAAAGAAGUUAAUCUUGGUCAUUGUUUAAGAUGACUUUUGAUUGCGUGUGUGUGUGUGUGUGAUAGUAGACACACACAUACAGCCCCUCGUAUAAAAGCUGUUUUUAUUGUGUACUUGUGACAUAUCUGUGACAAUGCAUUAUUAAUGUUACUCAAAGUCCUAGUUUUGAAAAUCUUUUUUUAUUACCUUUACUUAAGUGUUCUUAUUAAAAUGUUUAAUCUGUUUACGGUUCUGUUGUCUUCUCGGUUUUCUUUUAUUCACUUUUUUUUUACCAUGAAAUUGUUACUGUAUUAGCAUCGUGAAUUAUUUUCUUUUUUUUUCUUUUUUUUAAAAAAGAUCUUUAAAUCUGCUUUUACUCUACACUGAGUUACAUUUUAAAAAGUGAUACGUUUUCAUCAGUCAAGCUGAUUUAAUAAAGGCUCCACAUUC